UGAGAGCGACAGACAGGCGGGCGUUUUAUCGAUUACAGCCAAUCUACUCUCACGUUUGUAAUACGUCUUCGUAGCUUUAGUUACAUCCGGGUGAAAACUUUAGGUUAUAGCUAUUGGCUUUCGGUGUCCAGGAUGUUCAGGUCGCUUCGGUUGUUGCUGCAGGUGCUAUGGGCCCAGCUGCUCUGUGGAUGGGUAAUGGGCUCCGAGCUAACCUUCGAACUGCCUGACAACGCUAAACAGUGUUUCUACGAGGACAUCAUCACCGGCACCAAGUGCACGCUGGAGUUUCAGGUUGUAACUGGUGGUCACUAUGAUGUAGACUGCCGCUUAGAGGACCCAGACGGCACUACACUUUACAAGGAGAUGAAAAAGCAAUAUGACAGUUUUACCUUUACAGCUGCCAAGAAUGGCACGUUCAAGUUCUGCUUCAGCAACGAGUUCUCCACUUUCACGCACAAGACCGUUUACUUUGAUUUCCAAGUGGGUGAUGAUCCUCCGCUCUUCCCCAAUGAGAACAGAGUCACUGCUCUCACUCAGAUGGAAUCAGCCUGCGUGUCUAUCCAUGAGGCACUGAAGUCUGUCAUAGACUACCAGACGCACUUCCGCCUCCGAGAGGCCCAGGGGCGCAGUCGGGCGGAGGACCUGAACACCCGUGUUGCCUUCUGGUCUAUCGGAGAGGCCAUCAUCCUGCUUGUGGUCAGCAUCAGCCAGGUGGUCCUGCUUAGAAGCUUCUUCUCAGACAAGAAGACCACCAUGACACGAGUUGGAUCGUAACAGCGUUUGGGCUGCAGGACCUGGUUCAUCACUUUUUGUUUAUAUCUGAGCAGGUGUGAAUAGCAUAGAGUUAGUAAGAACAGCAGUGCUGAUGUGAAGGUUUGCUCAUAUCAAACAUUCUGAUAUUUCCUUCUUGAUUAGCACUGUGGUUCUUAAAAACUUUAUGCAGAUAACUCUUGUGGCAAAAAUUGUGUUGAGAGGUUAAGUAAUAUGACAGGAGGGGCUAGAUGAUGUGGUUAUUAAAAACAGGUCAAGCUGGCCUGUGGUUAAAACAGACCUUGAGUUGUUAUGUUCUUGUUUUAUUUGUGUUUUUGUAGUGUCCAUCUUUUACCCUUCCCCAUCUGCUGCAUUUUUCAAAGUGCAGUUUGUAGAAAACAAAAUGUACUCGAUCUUCGGAUUUUUGGAUAUUUCUCCAAUCUUCAUCUCUGGAAUCACACUUGAUGCAAAGGUGGCUCUCCACAAAGAUUUUAUUUUACCAAAUAAAUCUAUUUGUUAAUAAAUAAAUCUGUUUACUAAUAGAAUAAAUAUGUUCAUUUAUUCUAAUAGGUUCUAAUAGAAUAAAUAGGUUCAUUUAUUCUAUUAGGUGAGCUAAAGAAAAUUGUUCUGGUUAUUGUCAGCUUUUCAUUUUAAAUUUGAAAGGAUGAUGCCAGAGAAAGACCAUCAUUCAUACUAAUUUAACACUCCUGCACAAAACUUUGGUUUGUACACUCAUCACACUUAAGUAACCAAAUACCUAUGAAAGAAUUAAUUGGUAAAGCAGUUUAAUUUCAAUUAACUCCAUGUUCUAUCAGCUAAUUAAUGCCUUGAUUUAUCGCCAAAAUUAAAUUAAGGAGUUAUACUGUUUUAUUUGUGCGUUUUGUGUCUGAAGGUGGUGAAGCCAACAAUUUUAACUCUACAAGCUUCUUCAAAUUGUGUUUAGUGGUUUAUGUAGUCCUGCCUUUUUCUGUUUUAAAGUGUAAUGGCAUAUUUAUCCUGUAGCCUUGUGUUCUUUUUAGUUUUAUGCAACACUGUUAUAAAUUUGUUUAAAAAGUUUUUUUUUCUCAACAAAAUACUUUCUUUAUUAUUGGGUUAAAGUUGUAAUUGGAAUCAAUCUUGUGCUGGCUAAUUGGAUUGUUUACAAAAUAAACAGUAAGCACCCAUA